AUGUCUAGAAACGUUGAUUGGUCUAAGCUCUGCCCUGAUCUAUUACGAUCAAUCUUCGAAAGCUUGAGCUCUUUGGAUUUUCAUCGAGCCAAAACCGUUUGCUCAAACUGGUACACCGUUUCAAGAACAUGUCCUCUCUAUCCAUGGCGAAUCGUAUUACAAGGUCAGAACUCUCUUUUGUAUGAUCCCAUUCAAGAUAAAGUCUACCACAAAAACCUUCUUGGAAUCGACUUGUCCGAAGUCCAUUGUCUCGCCAGUUACAGCAACUGGCUUCUACUCGUAGAUCCUUGUCUACAUUUCCAUCUCUUGAAUGUGUUUACUAGCGAAACAAUCAGUGUUCCUUCAUUAGAUUCAUCACUUGGUGAUAGUCCUUAUAGAUUCGUACGAAACGACCUAUAUGAAUGCUUCCUUGAGCUCUACGGCACCAAGUUUCUUGUGAGUUGGGACGAUUUUAAGUUCUCAAAGACGGCUGUCUUGUGGAUAAACGAGAGAAAAGGAGAUUUCGUCGUCGCAUGGGCUAUCAAACAGUUCUAUAUCUUGUCAUACAAGAAAAUAGCAAAUGAUGGUGAUAAAGGAUGGCGUAUUACAUGCACACAGUGUGAAGACAUGGCUUAUAAAGACAACAAGCUUUAUGUCUACACCUUUGAUCAUUACAUCAACGUUCUUGAUUUCUCUGGAGAUUGUCCUAAAGAAACCAUAGAAGGAAACCAUUAUCUUAAUCAUCCUUUUCCCUUCGUUGAUACAAUAUAUAAGAUGAGGAUUGCUAUAGCAAACUCAGGAGAGGUUUUGAUUGUUCUGAGCUUGAAAGAGUUAAACAGAAAGUUUUGCAUUUGUAAGCUGAAUCUUGAGGUUGGAGAAUGGGAAAGAGUAGACUCUCUAGGAGAUGAGAUGUUGAUAUUUGGUCAUGGGGUUACAAUAAGGGGACCGGUUAAAGAUAGAGGGAUCAAGAGUGGUUCAAUAUGUUUCCUUGAUGAUGAUCAUUUGUCUGAUAAUUAUCUUGGGACGAGGAGAGAAGCAAAUUGUGGUGUGUUUGAUCUUGCAACAAGAACAAUCACUUGGCAUACAAGAUUAGAUGAUUGGUCUUCCAAGAUUUACUGGUUUGUUCCAGGACAGGCUUAGUCUUUAAUUAUCGUCUUUACGUGUAAGUCAAGUGGUACGUUUGAGAAACAACCACAUAACUCUUUUCUCUUUUUAUCAUCAAGUCUUUGGUUUUAAGGUUUAUCGAAAAUUUGACCUAAGUAUGUUUUAUCAUGGAUAGUUGUAGCAAUUGGCUAUUUAUUGUUGAUUCUUGUUUAGAUUUGUAUCAUUUGAAUGUGACUCGCGAAAGGAUCAAUCUUUCAUCGAUAUAGUUAUUGCUUCUUGGUCAAGCUAGCUUCCAAAGUAAAGACCAGUGGGAACUUUUUAGCGAGCGUAGUAGUGUAACCUCUUUCCAUUAUAUCGGCUUGUGUUCGGUAUGAACGAGAGAAAGAUGUCAAACGGGCCAGCUCGCGUCCAGAUGGCCCAUCCCGCUGCUGUCAUCAAAUUCAAUUGGACGUUGCCAGCUGGCCCCCUGCUGACAGUGGUCACAAAACCACUGUCCAUGCUCGCCCCGCAUGUUCUUAGCGGUUAAACUGGUAGCCCGCGGGACAGUGACUAUAACCACUACA